ACUAUCAUAUUUCACAACCCUCUACUCAAUUUGCUUUACUUUAGAGCCAGAGAUUAAAUGGAAAAAGUGGAAGAUAUUGUGAUUGUCGGAGCUGGGAUUGCAGGCCUCACAACUUCUUUAGGACUUCACAGGCUGGGAAUUCGAAGCUUGGUGCUCGAAUCAUCAGAGAGUUUGAGGGUCACUGGAUUUGCCUUCACAACCUGGAGUAAUGCCUGGAGGGCCUUGGAUGCUCUUGGAAUUGGUGACUCUCUUCGCCAACAACAUCUACGCAUACAAGGAAUAAUAGUUACCUCCUCUACAUCAGGAAAACCCUCUUCAGAGAUAUCCUUGAAGGUCAAACGCGAAUACGGAGAAAAUGAAGUUAGAUGUGUGAGAAGGAAGUUGUUGUUGGAAGCACUUGCAAGGGAACUCCCUAGUGGCACCAUCAGGUUCUCCUCAAAGGUGGUUUCUGUAGAGGAAUCAGGCUUUUUCAAGCUGCUGCAUCUAGCUGAUGGAAGUAUCAUCAAAAGCAAGGUGUUGAUUGGGUGUGAUGGAGUGAAUUCAGUGGUGGCAAAAUGGCUUGCCUUCAAGAAACCAGCUUUUGUAGGAAGAAAUUCCAUCAGGGGAUUCUUAGAGUUCAAGGACAGUCAUGGCUUUGAAUCCAGAUUCCUGCAGUUCUUUGGAAAAGGCAUUCGAUCCGGUUUCCUCCCUUGUGAUGAUAAGACUGUUUACUGGUUUUUCACUUGGUGUCCAUCCAGCCAAGAUAAAGAAGUAGAGGAUGAUCCUGCUAAGAUGAAGCAAUUCGUGUUGCAAAAGUGUCACGACUUUCCUGAUCGAGUAAAGGCUGUUGUUGAUAACACUCCACUGGACAGUAUAAUAUGCUCACCACUAAAGUCAAGAUAUCCAUGGGAACUUCUAUUUGGAAACAUUAGCAAAGGCAAUGUCUGUGUAGCUGGAGAUGCACUUCAUCCCAUGACACCAGACAUUGGCCAAGGUGGGUGCUCAGCCUUAGAAGAUGGCAUUGUUUUAGCCAGGUGCAUUGCAGAGGCCCUAAAGAAAAAGUCUAGCCGAGAGAUUGAAGAAUCAGCCAUAGGUGGAUUGCAGAAGGAUGAGUUUAACAGAAUUGAAAUGGGAUUGAAGAAGUUUGCCAAAGAAAGAAGAUGGAGAAGCUUUGAUCUCAUCACAACAGCCUAUGUGGUUGGUUCUAUACAACAAAGUGAAGGGAAGAUUAUGAACUUAUUGAGAGACACCAUAUCUAAAUAUCUAGCUGGGUUGUUGAGUAAGAAAGCUGAUUUUGAUUGUGGAAAGCUCACCAUUUCUUGAAUGUUGCAGCUUUUAAGAAAAAUGACUAGUUUGAUUAAUGAAUAAGAUGAACCAUCAAUUUUAUUUA